AUUAAAACUGCUGUGGCUUAGAGUGCACAAUCCACAAGGCUGCCUGGGAGAGAGCACUUUGCAGGGAGAUAACCAGUGAAGGGAGCAAAGUGAUUCAGUGAUCACCAUUACAAGGAAACCCAAUGCACGGAUUAGCUCAAAUAUGCUGUGGCUCCAGAACAGCUAAAGGGAUAUUACACAGGUUACCUAAACCGGAUUGCUUCAUCUUUUCCUUAUGAAGAAGGCAAAAACUUGGAUUAUCACAUGUAUUUGUCUUCAACUACUACUGAUUUGUUUUGGGAGUCCGUGCGGAAAUCCAGUUACUGAUGCAGUAAAUGACAUUGACAAACUGGUUGGAAACCUUCCAAACGAUUACUUUUUGAACGUAAAGCAAUACAAACAAAUGGAGUCACUGCCGAAACACUGCUGGUUAUAUCUGAUGGUGAAAGAAGUUUCUGAUCAAUUGGAACAACUAAAACACAAAUUCUCUAAUACAUCACAAAACUAUGAAAUCUUAAGUAAUCUUUCUAUGAUUUUUCUGGGCAUCAGGCAAUGUCUUCAUCUGAGUGAUCACAUGGAUUUUAUAGAUGAUUAUUCUCACCAGGAAAGGGUUCUCCUUCCCAGUGAAUUUUUUAUGGAAGUGAAAAACACAACUGAAGUUUUCAAAGAAAUUAACAACACAGACUAUGACAAAACAUGUGUUCUACCUACAAUAAACAGUGCUGAAGAUGAUUUUUUUAGUCGUGUGACAAAAGAGCUACAGCACACUAUGCGGGAAGGGAAUAGCAGUAAACUAAUUCCAGGCAAACCAGAGCUCAGCAGUGGCCCAUCUUUGCAGUGGGCAAAUAUAGCAUCAAUAGCACUGUCCUGUCUUAUUGUCGGCUUUCUUGUUGGAGGCUUUGUAUGCUGGCUGGUUAAGUACAGAAAAUCCCCAGAAAGAACUGACGAAGAAAGUACUGAAUUAAAAAGUGACAGGCAUGUACUCCCAUCAUAACCAGAAGAAAUUAAGACAAACUCUUCCUAUACUACACAGCAAAAGACUGUUUUUGGACUCUUUGGUGAUGAUUUUAGAAACGGACUAAGUUGUCAAAUCACUUAGAAGAGAGUUUGUUCUUCGCCAACCUGUCAUUAUGCACACUGUUUCUGCCUCUUCUGCUAGACUGGGACCGAAGAAUUCUUUAUUUCCAGUGACAAUGAUGGUAGCUGGUGAAUUCAGUCACAAACAACCAAAAGAAAAAUAUGCAACCUUAUAAAAACUAAAAUUAUUUAUGUCUAUAUACAGUAUGGAAAUUAAAGGUUAGGUUCAAAGGAUCCUUUGAUUUUUUUCCCCUUUUUAUUAAAAUGUAAGCUUGGAAAGGUGUUUGAAUGACCCCACCGGUAAUCAAGUAUGCUCCUCCUCAAUGGACUUGAUAUGGAAUUUUGAGAAGAGUAUAGUUCAUUGAAAAAUUCUACUUGUCUCUGGCACGCUCAGAAUGUUGACCCUCAACAUGUCAUUGGAGAUCAGUGGUAGUACAAUGAAGAACGAAGUUCAUUGACAGUAGAGUGAAUAUGAUCUAUACAGUAUUUCUGGAUCUUUGACAAUUGAGUCUGAAUGCAAUGUUUCCACAAAGCUGGCACAACAGAAGCAGGAUAUACAUAUAUACUUUUUUAUUUUUAGCUCACAUAUUAAAUAUAUUUUUUUAUAAUGGACACACAUUUCUGUACAUAAAGUGUUAUAAAAUGUACCACUUAGUUUGAGAUGAUUACUCUCUCUGGUAGAUUAAAAAAUUGAAAUAAAUUAAAACUAUACAAACUAUAUGUGAUUAAUACAUUUUAAUAACAUAGUCCAUAUAACUUAAGUAGCAUUGAUUCUAUAAUUUUUUUGUUAAUAUGUGUGUGACUAUAUGGUUAAUGACCAAGGCAUGGGAUUCUGAAUUGAGAACAAUAGGAAGAUGAGUCUAACAUUACACUAUAUGUAUAUGUGUAGAAUGGGAAAUUGUGUGAAGUUGUGUGACAAUGCAUUUCAUCAACCCCAAUAAGUAUUCAACUCCAUAUAAAGUUGAUAGUAUUCUUAGAUUACCAGAAAGAGUCUGAACAGCCAAAUCCCUGACAUUUGUGAAUAGUUCAGGUUUUAAUAUAUACUCUCUUUUUAAAUACAAAGUUUGAAGUCCCAAUUUGUAUAUUUAUGUAAAUAUGCAUAGAUGCUUACACAAACAUACCAUGCAUAAAAUGCACACAUAGCUUUCCAUUAAAUAAAUAUUUAUGGAAGAUUAGAAAUAAUGAAAGUAAUAGAUAUAUUAAAGAAUAGUCCAUUUAAAAAAAAACAUAUAGCAUGUUCUAUAUGUUGCCAUAUAUUUUAACUUGUGAUUCAUCGUCUGUGUUUAUAUACAAAUUUAAAUUAUUUAUUGCCAUUUACUAUAGCUCAAUAGCUUCAGUUCAUUAUUAUAAAUCUGAUGUCAUGACAUAAAUAAUUCAUCUUAAAAUAUAUGCUCCUAGCCAUGUUUGCUAGUUCAUGCUUAAUAGACACUUUCAAUGCAUUUCCACGUAUUCUCUCCAAAAGCCAUUACUUCUGGGUAUUUGUAUGUCUCUUUUUAGCACAGCAUUCUCAUAAUUAGCAGCAAAGCUACAAAUGAAAUAAAACUCAAUAAGUAUUUUUUUCAUGUACAUUUACAGAUGUUGCACUCAAAAUCAUCUGUCAGUUAUGCAAGUGUUUGUAGUCUAAUUUCUAUUGUGGGUUUGUGAGACUUUAGAUGGUAUAUGCUACAUACUUUGAAAUACAAGGUGUGUUAAAAAAUCUGCUUUAGCCUUUUUUUUUUUUUCUCGAGAUUGGCACCUCUAAAAUGCGUUUACUCUCAUGCCAUAGACUCAUUAAUUGCCAAGCUAGUGCGUGUUGUUGACACACCAAUCAACUCCCAUGUAAAAUAAUGGACACAUUUAGGAGCGAUUGAUCAAAAACUUAAAAACACUAAAGCAGCCUUUUCAAAAUCAACUUUGUAUUGCAAAGUGCGUUGCAGUAGUAAGCUCGGUUUGUACACCCCCUGCAUACUGUUGGUUUUUAUGUCCCUUUAACGGAUAUAGUUGAACAGUAUUACACCUAUAUUUUAUAUGUGGCUGAUAAUGUGAUACAUACACUACUUAUUUAAAGCGUCCCUUGUUAUCUUUUGAAAUUAAACAAUAAAUAUUUACUUUAAUAAUAUAGAUUACAUCUUAUCUUGCGUGCUACAUCUGUAUGUAAACUCUGUAUCAAUUGCUAAUUUUCUCUCAUAAUUUACUUUUUACAUAUAUCAAUAAGUAGACCGACACUCAGACAUAAAAAAUGCAGUAUGCAUUGUUUUAAACCAUAUACCCCAAAAUUCAGACUAAGUGAGAAGACUGAUACAUUUAUAGGAAAGUUAAGUCAAAAUUAAACUCUCAUGGUUCAGACAAAGCCUGCAAUUUUAAACAACUUUCAAAUUUACUUAUAUUAUUAAAUUUGCUUUGUUUACUUGGUAUCCUUUGUUCAAGAGUAAAGAUAACUAGGCUGAUGUGAAAUUAGGAGGGUCCACAUGUGUUUAGCAUUUGAUUAUUCUAUUAUAGCAGUGCUUGCAACUAUCUAUAACAUUGCUAUUAAAUAAACAGCAAGAUGGCUAGAGAUAUAUGCACACUUCUGAGCUCACCUAGGAUUACUCUUUAACAAGUAAACUAAGCAAAAUUGGUAACAGAAUUAAAUUGGAAACUUGUUUAAAAUGUCUUGUUCUAUCCAAUCCAUUUGUUUACUUUUGACAUUACUGUCCCUUUAAGAGACAGACAGAAUAUGGAGUAGUCACACACAUGUUGAGGAGCCAGUAAAAUAGUAUAUAUAUAUACUGUAUAUAUAUAUAUAUAUAUAUAUAUAUAUAUAUAUACAUGUGAACUGAUUAGAAAAUUGAGGAGACAUAAACCAACUUUGCCUCUAACUCUCCUAAGGUUUCUCAUGCCUUACUGUAAAACGUCUUGACAACAAGAUCACAAGAAUAGUGAGUUAUUAUGCUGGCUUAUUAUUAUGGAACCAGAAGUAAUAAUAUGACAAGACAAAAAAAAAGCAUAAUUAGGUUUUGGAAACUAUAUUAUUCACCCCGAUUUUGUCAUCUAGUUGCAGGCGUGUGUUAGGCACUAGUGGAUAAUGAUCGUUUUUAAAAGGAUACACGCAAGUAGUCUUUGUGAGACCACCAUAACAGUUUAAAGUCAGGGGAACAAUAUCUACACCUUUAUACAAACGCUUAGGGGUAGAGAUACAGAAAACAUUGAUCUGUUCAUAUACAUUUUACAAAAGCACCCAAUGUUAUUUAUCUAAUAAUGUGUUUAUUACGUUGGAGUUUAAUUCUUUUUUAAGUUUUUACACUUUUUUUAGCAGAUCUAGAAAAACAUAAGCAAUAUGUGUGGUGUUGAAAUCCAGCGACUAUAGCUGUGUAAGGGAAGAGGGAGUGACUUUGUUAACAAAAUCCCCUUUCAAAUAACUCCUAUUUCACUAAUAUUAUCAUGUUUGUUUUUAUAUAAAAGCUGGAGACUAUUUCUCACGAAUUACACAAUAUUUCUAACCACAAUUGUUGAGCUACAUAGCCCAUUUUAAGAGGCACAAUAUGCUGACUAAAAUACUGUUUUUGGUACUAUGUGCAUUUGAUUUUAGUGAAAUAUUAUUGGUUGUUACUAAGGAAGGCCAAAUGUUUUGUUAAUUAGAAAAAUGAAACAAAUUUUAACACACACAUUCGUUCAUUUCGAUUUUCAAAUGUUUUUACAACCUUCUAAUGUUCGUUUAAAGGACCACUCAAUGCAGUAGGAUUGCAUAAUUAGCAAGUGCAUAAUAAAAAGACAAUGAUUUAACACUUAA